AUGUGCCAGUGGGAGAAUGUGCCAGGUUCUCGAGAUGAACAAAGUUUGAUCAAUCAUUACACGUUGCCACCGAUGCCGCACUACAAAACUCAGCGGGCAGGAUAUUACGUGCCUGCCCCGCAGGUUGAAGUGGCCGAGAUGGCAUUGGCGGAUCUUGACGAAGUAAUUCACCCAUCCCGCCCAAAAGGUCAUGCUGGUCAUCAUCAAUUUGAAGGGGAUGACCUUACCUGGUGCUUGCCGCUACUAGAGAAGGGUGACUUGUCAUCCAAAAUUCACGACCAUCCCCUUGGACUUGGUAACAAUGUCCGUGCAGCGAAUGUCAUGUCCUUCAUCAAUACUCCCGAGAUUCAAGGCAAAUACGGCAUCACAAAGGGGAUUUCCCUGUCGACAACAAAGAAUUGGAUGCACAUGAUGGAAUACCGGUGGAAAAAAACUCCGUCGGGUCAAUACGUGGAUGGCCACGAACAAGAUGAUGUGGUGCACUACCGGCAAAGUCAGUUCCUUCCGGCAUAUGGAGAGUUAGAGUUGAAUAUGCAAUCAUGGAACGAUGGGAUAGAAGAGAUAGAAGAUGAUCACCAACGAGUGCAACUGCGUCAUGUCAUGAUCCACUGGGUGCAUGAAUCGGAGACCGCAAAACCCAAGCCUAAUGGCAAGGGUGCUUCAAUAAUGGUAUCUGACUUCAUAUCUACAGACUACGGUUGGCUGCAAUCUCCUGGAGGCGACAGAUCACCAAUGUACGACAGCAAGACUGGGAAGGUUGUAAAGGAGAAGGCACAGAUGAUGGAUGUGCGACUUCCCGAUGGCUCACCACAGCACCUCUACUUCUCCGACGAGACAUUCAAAGGCAUGGCCAUACUGCUCAAAGAACGCGGCUUCCAUGAUGCCGACAAAAUCAGGGCAGAAUGUCCUGGGUUUCAAUGCCCGAACGACAAUCAGCAAUGUUGCUGCCGGUGUCUGCUCUUCACUCAACCGGACUUCAUCCACGUUGACUGUUUGCUUGAAUCAAUAUGCAAGACACAAGGAUACCAUGUUCUAUUCCUGCCCAAGUUCCACCCGGAGUUGAAUUUCAUUGAAAUAUGCUGA